GACAGCCAAGUAUCGGAUGUGGACGGCAUCCCAUACUCAACCCUGCUGUACGGGGCGGGUCCCGGCUACACGGCGCCCCCGGGCGACACCCCUCAACGGCAGCUCACAGCAGGCUCUGCACGAGGCGGCGGUGCCGCGUCAGUGGAGCACCCACGGCGGCGAGGAUGUGCCUGUCUUCGCCAAGGGGCCCCUCGCCAAGGCACUCUUCUCCGGCACCAUCGACCAGACCUUCAUUCCGCAUGCCAUCGCCUAUAUAGCUUGCCUCGGCGAGCAUGUGGAGCGCUGUGAAAACCUGAAUAUGUCGGCGUUUGCUUAUCGGCCCAACUGCGCCGUACCAGGAUCAGCAUUCGUUCUAGCGAGCAGUAAAUACAACAAAAAUCUGCUGCAAGAUGCUGAGAGCUCAUCAUCAACGAACGAAUUUGUACAGUUAAACUCAGUGAUGAGCAUUAUAAUUGUUUGUACUGUGCUUGUGCUCUAAAAACUAUGAUUGUUACUGUUUAAGCCAUCUAGUCAGUUUGCUCCUUAAGUAUUUUGAAUUCUCAAUAAAUAUUUCCUCCA